AUGAGUGAGUAUCUCGAAAAAAGGAGUCAAAAUGAAAUUUUUAUCGGAACUGUCUUGCUUUUCAACUCGAUUUCUUGCCAACUCUUUCCGGCUCACUUCCGACCAAAACGAUUUGAAGAAAACAAUCAGCUGACAAACAAAUUUAAGAGGCUUGCAAGAGUGAAAUCUUCUACAGCAAAUGAUGAGGCUUUGGAUCAUCUUUUUGACGAAUACUUCGGGUAA